AGAGGAACAACGCGAAGAAGCGAUCCAAAAAAAAAAACCCACCAUGAAGUUCUUUAUGAUUGCAUCGUUGACUCUAUUGGUCGUAAUGGCUGUUGACUCCACGGAUUACGAAUCUGAAGAAUCCAAGGGACUUGGCGGAGGUCUGGGCUUAUCUGUGGCUGAGAGUGAUUCUGAAACAUUUGGGCAUAGUCGUGCUAAAAAAACUGGAGGCGGUGGUUCUGGCGCCGGGGCUGGUAGUGGCUCUGGGGGUGCUGGAGGCGGUGGUGCUGGCGCGGGGGCUGGCAGUGGUUCUGGAGGUGCUGGAGGCGGUGGUGCUGGAGCAGGUGCUGGCAGUGGUUCUGGGGGUGCUGGAGGCGGUGGUGCUGGCGCGGGGGCUGGCAGUGGUUCUGGGGCUGCUGGAGGCGGUGGUUCUGGCGCCGGAGCUGGUAGUGGCUCUGGGGGUGCUGGAGGCGGUGGUGCUGGCGCGGGGGCUGGCAGUGGUUCUGGGGGUGCUGGGGGCGGUGGUGCUGGCGCGGGGGCUGGCAGUGGUUCUGGGGGUGCUAGAGGCGAUGGUGCUGGAGCAGGCCCUUGCAGUGGCUCUUGUUAA